AUGAAUGGGAUGGGGAGGAUCUUGACAGGCUGGAUGCAAAGGUGGUCUCUGUCUCUGAGACACAAUACCCAGGCUGAAGACUUGCCUGAUCGGCAGAAUUCUCCCCGUCUUCAAGUCGAGGACUACCCUCAGGGUUAUCCGCGGUUCUCUACCCUAGUCGCCACGCACAACGCCUUCCACGUGUACCGUCGCUUCUCGACCCUGCGGGCUCGUCUCCUCCUCCUGAAGCAGGACAAGUUGGCCGCGCUCGAGAAGCAGCUUGAGAUGGUCGACCAGCAGGAACCCAACCCGCUCUUUCUCGCGAGCUGCAGGCGGGACAAGAACGUGGAGCGAGAGGCCAUCUUAUCACGCAUCGAUACCGCUUUGGUGGAUUAUGGCAAGUUCACACCAUUUUUGUUUUCUCACCCCUCCCCUCUUUAUUCGAUGAUCGAGAGGAGUCGGCAGAUCCUGUCCCUCGAGCCUGCCAAAACCCGGGACAUUUCGAGCUUGGAUCAUUGGGUCGAUGGCAACGCUUGCUUAGCGAGGGACGAGACAGCAUACCUUCUCCGGCCCAGGGACUUGGUGAGCAUUGCACCGUUGCCAGACGACGCUGUUGCCCGAGUCGAGUCCUGGCUGGCGGAUCGACUCAUGCACUGUUGGAAAGAUUUUAGAGAGCUUCCAUUCCACAACGUCUCGAGGGAUCCCAACGUGUACAUCUGUACCAGCUCGGCGUUGACACGGGCGACUCGGUUCCUCAUUGCCGUCCUCCUGAUCCUUCUCCUGCUCAUCCCCAUGGUGAUUUGCAGCGCACAAAAGAACAUGACGGCGCGGAUCGUGGUUGUCGGCGUCGCGGCCAGUUUGUUCAUAGCGAUAGUCUCCGUCGUUAUCAAGGCAAGAUCCAUUGAGAUUUUCAUGGCUGGAGCGACAUAUGCCACUAUUCUGGUUGUUUUUGUUGCUGGCACCAAUGCAGGCAGCAAUUUCUGA